AUGGCCUCCCUACCACCCAUCUCCACCCUUCCGUCACUCGACACCGAGGAGCGAGCUCGAGUCCUCGACUUGCUCUUCGAACCAUGUACCCAACUCCACACCCUAUCCGUCAGCCUGCUGCACGAGCAUGGGUUCUCAUCAUACAGCGACCUCAUCGACGCCGUAGGCAAGCAAUUAGAGAAUCUCCACCGGUCAGACCUGGAAAGCGACCGCAAAUGGCUGGAGGCAAUACUUUCCGCUCACCCCAGGCUAGGCGAGAAGAAAGUGGACAGCGAGCAAUCCCGCAAGGAGCAAGCACAGCUCAACCAAGGCGGCGCAGCGGACGAGGCAGAGAAGUUGGCAGAACUGAACAGGAAGUAUGAAGACAAGUUUCCCGGACUCAGAUACGUAGUCUUCGUCAACGGCCGAAGUCGCCCCGUCAUCAUGGAAGACAUGCAGAAGCGGAUAGACAGGGGAGAUAUCCAGCUGGAGAAACAGGAAGCCAUCCAGGCAAUGGUCGACAUCGCGAAGGACCGAGCGAAGAAGUUGGCCGGAUGA